UUCCUCGGUCUGGUCCAUUAUCAUCGUCGUCUUCUCUUGCGGCGUUUGUCCUCGUCUUUCAUUCUCGCUCGCUCGCUCGCUCACGUUUCCGCACGCAAACAGAGAGAAGAAGAAGAGAAGGGGCGAAGACGGUUUUAGACACGGAGCAUUCACGAGCGUCGCGACGCCCUGAGGACCAGUAGUUGCGUACCUUAGGCAGCUUCCACCUUGCCGGUUCGCGCGGCCAACUGUAACGUGUGCGAUCACGACGUCCGAAUGUCGUUCUGGAGAUCGUCGUUGUUGUCGUCGUCGUCGUUGAUGUCGUUUCCGAGCGAAAUCUUCACUUGAAGAACAGAGCGAGCUUGUGAUGAUGGUUUUCUUGUGUGGUUCAUAAAAAGUGUUGUCAGCAAUUGUAUCGCAACGCAACAUUCAAGUUUUACAUAAAUGCUAUGAUAUGUACACAGUAUAUAUGUAAUACAAAGUAAUAAUUAUAAUUUCUUGGAUCACAAGUUAAAACGUCUUCGCAAUACAUUUGGUUCUCAAGCUUUCUUUAAUUAAAUAAUCGCUCUUCGAGAACGCAAUAUAAUUUUGCCCCGAAGAAAAAUCGACAUCUCUUUGCAAUAUCAAAUUGAUCUUCUCGUGGAUUUUGAAGCAUUUGCGAGUGUAAAAAAAAGCGUACACUUUAUCUCCGCCCGAAGGAUAUCUCGUUCGUUUGAUGUUGACAUCCCUCCGCAAUUUUAUCGAAUAAAGUAUGAAUGGUCGGAUAAUGGUCGAUUGUCGCGUGAAGGAAAAAGGUAACGAAAGCGAAAUUCCCCGCCAAAAAUAGCGGCGGCAAGGAGAUUUUGAUUGGGGUGAAGAACGAAGGGUCGCAACAGUGGUUCGUGCAAGGAAAGUUAUGGCAGCGGAUCCUGGAAACAGGAGACGCUCGCGCCGCGACAGUAUGGAUGGUUCACUACGCGGGACACCUUCGACAUCGAAGGAUCGCAGAACCAAACGAACCGUGAAACCAAUCAAAGAACGAUGGCUGCUCACGCGGAAGACAUGGCGAUACAUGGCUGACGCGGGUCGACGUCUAAUCCCGGAAGGUACUCACAAUCGUCCCGAGGAUAUUCCGAAGAUCGAGCAAACUUUCCAAGAGGUUUGUCAAAAGGAGCCGCGUUUCUUGCUAUGGCGGAAAUCCUCGUAUCCGGGAAGUCUGACUUUUCGCGCACCUCGCCGUCGUCGACAGAUUGGCAAAGGCGGCAGCUGUCGCACUCAGGCUAGCUCGGCAGACGAGGCCGAUGAUUCCAGGAACUCGCCUCAGAGUUUCAACAUUCACACGACCACGACCGGCAAGUUCGAUCUAACAAAAACAAAGAGAGAAUCGUGGUUUUUAUCAGGCGGUAGCGGUAGCGGUAGUAUACCCUCGAGCCCGGAAGCGCAUCGAAAGGUAAUAUCCCAGGAAAACGCCGAAGAAGAAGACUUGGUCUACAUGCUCCAAAAUUAUUUGUUCAUUGAUAGCAAUCCGAACGAGCUGGCGUUAAUAAACUCAUCGUCUUUGGAUCAUCGCAGCCUGUUAAAUAAAUUACAACGAUACGUGGACAAGCUCGUAUACGAAGCCAAAGAGAAAUCUUCAAGUUGCACCGAUGAAAAAACUGCGACGACAUCAUCCUCCAGUUCUCACGGUCACGUAGUGCAUCAACAGCUAGUGGAAACGUUGAGCCGUUACUACGGUAAAUUCUCGUCUCGCGAUCGCGUUGUUUCUGACAUCCUGACGGAUCGUAAGCUUCUCGAAAAAAUGUAUUUCGAUCUAAGAUGCAGCAGAAAGUUUCGAAUGCCUCGAUGUUCUUCUUUCCGGUGGCUUGACACAGAUAGCGGAUCAUCCGUCAAAAAGAAAGUAGAUCUGUCAUCGUUGUAUCAGGUUCCUUCCAAGAAUUAUUCGUACCAAGUUGUGCAAACCAAUCCCGUUUCUCGAGACGUUCUGGACGCGUGUUUACUGGAGAAGGAAAAGGAGCAAUCCGGCCGAAGGCGCAGCAGCGUUGAUGACGUGUCACCGUCCGUUGGUGAUACCAUCAAGAGGUAUCUACGUAUGGCGCGAAAGAAAUCUAUAGACGCGGAUAAGGACGAUCGAUUCAAGCGGGUCAAUUAUGAUCGGUUAGGUCUUGCUAAGAAAAAGGACGUAGAUCACAAAAUCAGUGACGAUAGUGGCAACAGCAAGGGCUGUCAAACAGAAGACGAUUGGGCGAUGCAUUAUCGUGAAAUGUUCUUUCCAACUAGUGAGUGUCCGUCCGAGAAUUUAUCGGAUAUUGACGCGACUACGUCACCGCCCAGCAGAAAUGCCAGUUCACGAAGCAGCAUUGAUGUUGGUUCGGAAGAAGUAUUAACUAAAUAUCCUCAUCAAUCCUUCCUGUCCCAUCUGCUACACGUUUCCAAUAAAGACAAACCGCAUUCGGCGCCCGGUUCGCCAGCGCUCACGUUAUCUACCGCCAAUUCCACAGGUGGCACAGCGAUGCAGAAGAGUAAGUCCUCGAGCAGUGUGGUGCAUCACGGCAGCCGGUUGGUUGCGAAAAAGAUUUGGCGCUCCAGGAGCAAGAGCACCUCAAGGACGACGCAUCAGCCAUCCGUAUGGACGCCUCAGGGAAAAUGCACAUGGGCGGGCACAGGCGGACGGCGAGUUACUUUACAGGAUAUAUCGCUGCGUUCGCUUUCCGAAAUUGAGAGGAAAGUUCUUUGUAAGGUGGCUGUGGCGAAGCUUCAAGCUCUCAAUCUAGGUGUUCACAUCAGACCGCCAAGCGAGUCGCUUGCGAGCGGGUUAGUGACCACGAAGCCAAAGAAGCGUGCCUAUCUGUUGAAGAGGAAAGCUCUCACGACGAGUUUCUUCGACAAUAAAGAAAAAGAUGCACCUGUUGGCUUAGUGUUCGGUAUUCCUCUUUCGCAAUGUUUAGAAAAUGAUAGAAUUACCAGAAUCGCCGCUAGAGAGAUGUCCGAUGUCGGGACUUUAAGCAGAAGUAGUAGACACGGUAGCAGAACCAGUUUCUCUAGUCUUACGGAGACAUCGGUAGCCAUCACGACGAAAACGGAAGAGGAAGGCUCGAGCGAGUCUCUGUCGUCGAAAGGUACUCCUACAUUGGGAGGUGAUUCCGGAAUGCUCGAGCUGAGCGACAGCGGAGGUUCUGCCGGAAGUGAAUGGGACACUGUGCCAAAUAUCGUCAGGCAAUGCAUCUGGCAUCUCGAGAACACCGGUUUUCAAACGCUGGGCGUGUUUCGCGUGUCAUCUUCAAAGAAGCGAGUGAGGGAGUUGAGAGAAAAUUUUGAUUCCGGCCGGGAGACGAAAAUAGGCUCCGAUCAAUGUCCCCACGAUGUAGCCACCCUCUUAAAGGAGUAUUUUCGCGAUCUGCCGGAUCCGCUGCUUUGCCGGGAGUUAUAUCAGGCCUUCGUACAUACUCAAAAAAUCAGGAACAGACGGCUGCAGCAAGAAGCGCUCCAGCAUCUAAUUCAACUUCUACCCGUGCCCAAUCGCGACACUCUUUGGACACUUUUGACGUUUCUGAAUGACGUCGCCAAAUACAGCCAGGAUUACAAGACUAAGGACGGGGAAUGGUUGCCGGGGAAUAAAAUGGAUAAAACAAAUCUCGCGACCGUGUUCGCGCCGAACAUUCUGCAUUGCGUGAAACCCGGCCAGGUGAGAUCAGAGAUCUCGUCGGAGAGAGCCGAGGAGAGGGUGGACGUGAUAAACGUGGUGCGAACUCUCCUGGAACAAACAUCGAUAUUAUUUACUUUGCCAGCGGCGCUAUUGGACGAGGUGUAUCAACAUAUGAUGGACACCCAUCCGGCUGAACUGGACAUCGCUCUGUCCCGUCGCAUCGAAGAGCAAUCUGAGGAUGAAGCGGAUCUUUGUAGUGAAGCGGAAACAGUAGAAGAAACGCUGACUAUGUCGACCACUGUGGCAAAGGAGACGAGAAAGGUGUGGACGAGAGAACAGUGUCUACAUCAGACCGCCGGUAUUGGCAGCAAUUUUGAACCAAGGCCACGAAGGUUCAAAAGGCCAGGAAGUCGAAGAAGAGAGGAUAACAGAAGCGAUAGCGUAGAUAGCGGAUCAAGCGAGGAUCCUUCGGAUCCUCGACGAAGAUCCUCCUCUACAGUCAUUACUGCUAGUCUUACCAUACCCAUGUCUGAAGCGUUUUCUUUACCUCUCGACAUUCCUUACAUCGAGGAAACACCGAAGUUGCAAUCGAGUGUGGCCCCGAGACAGAGACAGAGGUCCAUUUCCUCAAGUUACAGAGAAACCGGGAGACACGGAAGUGAUAGCAAUAUUAGUUCCUUGGCGACUCAGUCGAGCGAUCAGCCGCUGAGUUCCCCGCCCUCGUGGACGUCAUCGUCUCCAACUAGUCCAGAUAGCUCGGGCAACGCCGUCUCGUAUAUCCCAGAUCAGCAGGCGAUUCUUCAGAAAGUUUCUUUCACAAUCUCGAGCAAAGUUAACCAGGUGAAUAGGUCGGAUAAUCAGCAAGAAGCGAGGAAGAGCACGUCAUACACGCCGAGCAUCACCAGUAUUGGCGGUGCGGUGAUGAGGUCCAAGACCGCCGAUAUUGAGAGAAUGCUGAAGAUCUCCGGAUCGAAUGUCGAGUCCACGAGUCAACAGACGACGAGGAACUCGUCGGCGACCUCAAGCGACAGCAAGAAGUAUACAAAGAGGCGAUACACAGACUCGAGGCAUCCGACGCGUCAUAUACCUGAUUCCAACACUCUGACCGGCAAGACGUUGUCCUCCGCCCCAUCGACGACACCCUCUCCUUCACCAACGGUGCAGAACCAACGCGUGCCGGUGCAGUCAGUGUGGAAAAGACGGGAAUUGAUCUCAAGCACUCCGGAUGACGUCUAAAUUGUAGCGAUCGGGUCGAGAGAUUUGGCUGUUAAAAAUGAGCAUAUAGAUAUGUUUCCAUCUCUUGCGCGAGAUUGGGUCGAGAGAUUUGGCUGUUAAAUGUUGAUCGCAAAAUGAGCAUAUAGAUGCGUGUUUCGUAGGGAAAAGAGUCGCCUUAAACUUGAACAAGAGCCUAAAAUAUGGAACGUGUCAAAUUAUAGAUGUAUAACUAGAAGUUUUGGCCGUCAAUCUGCGAUCGAGUUUAAAGUAGGUAUCAGCAGGGUUUUCUGCCAUGUAUUAAUCUUCUCGCCUGACGGAUAACGGAUCCAUCCGGACCCAAACGCAUGUCGCUUCUAAGUCACAAUCGUUCAAAGUAUGUAAACAUUGGCGAAAGAAAAAAACAUAUAUAUAUAUAUCUGUAAAUAUAAUAAGAUUCCAAUGUAUAUUUCAUAUUUGGAAAAUCGUUAAAAGCGAUAUUUCGCUACGCGUCCCCAUUUGGAUCCAUCCGUCCUGCACGUUGCUAAAAUCAUCCGCCGUUCGAGGGUUAAAAUCUGCCAACAGACUUUGCUUGAUAUCAAGCUGUUGAUAUGAUAGUCAACUAUUAUGUUAACAAAUUUUGCUAGUUUAAGAACUAGAAAAAUGACAAUAAACAAUUGAUCAAAAAACAGGGUUUAAACGUGCUCAUAUCCUUUAGGAGAUCUAUUUGUUGUCGGCGACUUUCUUGUGUGUGUGUUCUCUCUAUUCAAAUACUUUCCGCGCAAUAUAUAAUGAAUGUAUGUAGUGUCACAUAUCUCAUGUUCGUGCGAAUUCGUCUAUACUCAGAUUCUCAGGUAUCGCUUUCAACGAUCGAUAGACUGUUCGAUUAGCCUCGAUACUAGACGAGUCCGUCUGGUUUCUCUCUUGACACUAAUAGUGACUCAUCUCGGCUGUUAAUAGCAUUACUGUGAAAUUUGACGUAUGGGUAUACAAUGACCGAUAUAUGUGUGAUUCUCACAUUAAUUAAUUGUAUCAUUGUUCCUUUCAUCUUUUUCAUUACUACUGUGUUAUUGCAAAAAAAUUUCCAACAUUUCUCUAGUUUAUCUAGAUAA